AUGUCACAACAACAACCAUCAUCCUCUUCCUCCCCCUCCUCCUCCACCCACCGCCAUUCCUCCCCAGCAACCUCCUACCAAGCAUCUCACUACACCCACCUGUACGCCCUUCCUCCCACACAAGCACCAUCCAGCGAAGUCCGCACCUGGCUCAGCACCUGGUUCAACGUACACGAGAUACCCGAGUUUGAUCAGAAGGUGUUGGAGAGGGUUUAUUGGAAUGGAUUUGACGUCUCGGAGUUAGCGUAUGGGGUUAUGGUUGAGCAGUUGGUAGAUUGGGGGACGGAUGAGGGGUGGGCGAUGGGGAUUGUGGUUGAUGUGCAGAGAGGAAGGGAGAUUAGAUGGGAGAAGGAGAGAGAGGAGUAG